AUGUCCCAAGGUGAAUAUAGGGUGGCAGUGCUGCUGGAGGUCAAGAAGGACGUCUUCUCUGGAGGCCUGAAGCCGUACCCUGACGAGCAGCUGAUCCUGGUGGUCAACGCGCAAAUGCUCCAGGACCUCGAGUUCUCCAACAUCAAGCGCAUCCAGACCAAGAUGUUUCUGUCUGAACUCAUGAGUAUCUGGGAGAGCACCUCUGUGAUGUGUGAGCCCGGGACAGCUCCAGACCCCUCCGCCACCUCAUCUCAUUGGCCAACUCAGGCAUGGUUAGGCAAAGACUGCGAGAGGAGGGUCCUGGCAGCGGGACAGAAAAGUCCCCUGAGUGGAACUAUUGACAAGACAAAUGUGAAGUAG